AUGGGUGUCGGGCGUCGCAUUGGGAAGAAGCAGGGCCCUCCACAGCCGCUUGAAGAGUUCACAAUAAAAAGUGGUAAAAAGGCGGCUAAGAAGCGGAAAGCGGACAAGGCAGACGGAGCUCCUCAAGGAGUCAAGCGACGGAGAGGAGCUGAGGAUGAUGAUGAUGAUGGCGAAGAUCGGCCAAAGAGCGCAAAAACAAAUGGGGCGAAAGCGGGCAAAAAAGACGUUGUGAAGCAGAAGAAUACCAAGGCGUCUACUACACAGAGCGCACGCAGCAAAGAUGGGAAGAAGAAGGUAGCAAAACCCGUGGAGGUUUCUGAGCCGGAGGACCCUGAUGAGGAUAUGGAUGAUGAGAUGCUCGACGACGAGUUUGAUGACCUAGAUGGUGUCAGUGACGGAUCAGCGGACGAUAUGGAUGUGUUGGACCAGGGAGAUUCGGACCUUGACAGCCAUUCAGCGUUCGAUUCAGAUGAGGAACGGCCGAGAGAGAAGAUGUUUUCAGAUGACGAGGACCUUUCGGAUGCGGAGGAGAUACUUACUGCCGCCAAUAUAGAGGGUCUGUCAAAGAAGCUGGAUAUGCAGAAGGAAGAGGAGGCUGCGCAGGCAGAGCUUGAGCUGAAAGAAUCUGCCAUGCAGACGAACAUUGCGGGUGAUGCACCAGAUGUAUUUGCGGAGCAUGAAAAUCUCACAGCUGGACUGGCUCCAAACCUGCAACUGCUUCGAACCCGCAUCACAGAUACCAUUCGCAUUCUUGGUGACUUGAGUACCCUCGGUCAGCCAGGAAAAUCCCGUACAGACUAUACCGACCUCCUACUAAACGACAUAUGUGUAUAUUACGGAUACACUCCUUACCUUGCAGAGAAGCUGUUUUCUCUGUUCACUCCCAUGGAAGCAUUCUCUUUCUUUGAGGCUAACGAGUCCCCCCGGCCAAUUGUUAUUCGAACCAACACACUACGAACCAACAGGCGAUCACUAGCCCAGGCUUUGAUUAACCGAGGAGUUGUUUUAGAGCCCGUUGGAAAGUGGUCAAAAGUCGGUCUUCAGGUAUUCGAGUCACCAGUUCCUCUCGGUGCUACUCCGGAAUAUCUUGCUGGACACUACAUUCUUCAAGCUGCCUCAUCCUUCCUCCCCGUCAUGGCACUUGCACCCCAGCCUCAUGAGCGUAUCCUCGACAUGGCAGCCGCUCCCGGUGGUAAGACCACGUACGCCUCUGCGCUGAUGCGGAACACUGGCAGCAUUCUUGCCAACGAUGCCAGUAAGACUCGUGCCAAGGGUCUAAUUGGAAAUAUCCAUCGUUUGGGAUGCAAAAACACUAUUGUUUCAAAUAUGGAUGCGCGGACAGCUUUUCCCAAGGCCAUUGGGGGCUUUGAUAGAGUACUGCUCGACGCCCCUUGCUCAGGAACCGGCGUUAUCUCCAAGGAUCCAAAGGUGAAGACCUCCAAGACAGAGCGUGAUUUCCUGGCGCUACCACACAUGCAAAAGCAGCUACUCCUUGCUGCCAUCGACUCCACCAACCAUGCCUCGAAGACAGGCGGAUACAUAGUUUACUCAACAUGUAGCGUCACGGUUGAAGAGAACGAGGGCGUGGUACAGUACGCCCUAAGGAAACGACCAAACGUGAAGAUAGUCGACACCGGCCUGGGAAGCUUUGGCACACCCGGGUUCAAAAGCUACAUGAACAAAAAGUUUGACGACAAGAUGCCGCUGACUCGACGGUACUAUCCCCACCGUGAAAACGUUGAUGGCUUCUUCGUCUGCAAACUGAAGAAGAUCGGACCCAGCCCUGCGGAGGUGGCUGGAAAGGCUCCAGGAACCUCCGAAGGUAACAGUGGCGAGGAGGUUAUUGAUAGGACCCCAAUUACCCCGGAGAACGGGGAUGCCGACGAGGACGGGUUUGGCCCCUUCAACGAGGACGAGGACGAGCAGUAUAUCUCUCGCGCUCAGAGGAACAAGCUCCGCCGCCAGGGCGUCAACCCCAAGGCAGUCCCGGGCAAGAAGAACGACGAUGAUAGCGAGAAGCAGAAGCAGAAGCAGAAGGAGAAGCAGAAGAAGCAAAAAGGGGCGAAGGCGAAGAAGGAUAUAUCUGCUUAG